AGGCUGGCACGGCUCGAUGAGGCGGAAGGUUCAGGUCCAGGUCCCGGGCCCCCUCACGCCCAUGUGCCCGGCGGCUCCGCAGCCCGAGGCACGGAGCCUCCUUACGCUCCCCGACUGGCAGGGCUGGGACUCUGGGGGCGAUCUGCCAUGACUUGGCCUCCCAGGGAUGGAUGUGCUGGGACUCGGCGCUGCGGUACCUCCACCCCCGGCAUCCCCGACUCCCCACGGGGCUUGCUCGGAAGAGGCGCUCUGAGGCCGGACGGUCGCCGCCUGAGGCAGAAUCCGGCACUCUCCCCCGAGCCCGCCAGUUGCGGCCCUGCGGGAGAAGAAUGAGCUGCGGCCGCUGCGGUACCUCGGUCCCUCCUUCAGGGCUUCACAGGGCGCCGGUGGCCACAGCCACGGACUCCGGACAGGAGGAGGACUUGCUUUUGGAUUGUGAACCACUUAGACAUGGUGAUGCCCAUCUACUCAGAGGGUCACGCAUGGAUGGUUGGAAUUUAAGCCACCUUCCUCCAACCUGCUGAACCAACAAAGCUGUAAAAGAUUUUGAAAAAGGAAACUCAAUCAGAUUUAAACCUUCACGAUUGCUCCAUAGGAAGAGAGCAUUAAGCUUUCAGAAGGAGUUUUCAUUUGAAGAUAAAGAAGAACUUGCAAACAGCACAAAGGAUAUUGAUGCCAACCUCUUAGCAGUACUACCAAAAGUUUCAGAAUUAAGAAAACUGUUUGAACCAAACAACCAAGAUUUUUUGGAAAUGAAAAGAAAAGAGAGAAUAGCUAGACGCUUAGAGGGAAUUGAAAAUGAUGCACAACCUAUGCUUCUACAGAACUGUCCAGGAUCAGUCACGCACCGUUUACUAGAGGAAGAUACACCAAGAUACAUGCGUGCAACUGAUCCAUACAGUCCCCACCUAGGAAGAUCAAAUGAAGAGGAGGAAACUUCAGAUUCUUCUGUAGAAAAACAACCCAGAUCAUCCAGAUACCGAGCAGAAAUCACAGGAGGUAAUACAGAGCCUUUGUACAGUACAGGAAACAUGGAUGUCCAGGAACUAGAGUCAAAAGCAGAAAGAAUAGCAAGGUACAAGGCAGAGAGGCGACGCCAGCUGGCAGAGAAAUAUGGAUUGUCUCUUGAUUCUGAUUUGGAUUCUGACUACUCAUCCAGAUACACACGGGCAAGGAAAGAUCCCAACAGUGUGGAAAGAAAGGGAAUGAAGAGUGAAAGGCAAGAUGAUGAAAACAAGGACUGUGGCUCCUUGUAUUUGUCCAGGACUGAGGCAAAGGAGUCAAAGAGUGUGAUUUCUGAAUCCAGAGAGUACUCCAGCCAUGAAAAAGAUGGUGUUCCAGAUAAAGACCUCUCAAAUGAAAAGACUGAUAGGAAAGCAGAUGAUGACAGUGCCAUUAGACAGGCUUCUGACCUUUCAGCAACCUUGGAUAGUUCUGUCUCCCUUUCACUUUCUGGACAAGAAUCUUCCUCCUAUAAUGAAGUGCCAAUAUCACCAAAGCAAACCCCCAGAGAGUCCCUUUCUUCACCAAAGCGGGCAGCCUCACCAAUCCAUUUGCAGAAUGACCAGCCCUUGCACAGUAACAUCAGACAAAGUAGUGCAGGGAAAGCAAAACCUGAAUGGUUUCUUCAGAAAGAUUCAGAAGGGGACACACCUUCACUUAUCAGCUGGCCCUCCAGAGUAAAAGUUAGAGAGAAACUGGUGAAAGAGGAAAGUGUUCGAGGAAGCCCUGAACUUGUCACAGACACAGUAUCUCACAGAAAAUCCCAUCCAGUGCCAGCUCACUACAUGCCUCUUCAGACAGAAACAUCUGCCUUUGAUAGGGUUAAAAAUCAGCCCAUCAGUUCCAUCCACCAACCAGUGCAUGGCUAUGUUCAGCCUGCUGGACUUGCUCACACAGCUCAGGUGAUAGCAAGAGAAGAACCAGCAAACAUCUCUGUUGGCAGCCUUCUGCCAGACAGUGGUAGCCUCUUAACAAAGCCAUCAGCAGUCCCUGCAUCAGAGAGUGAGAAGAAGGAGACACUUGGUUAUGGAGCAAAGUUUGCUGAAGAAGACUCCUUGGAGGGUGAACAGGCUUCCAAAGGCAGAAGACCAAUUUUGCCAUCGGAGAUUCGCAAGCAAGGGAAGAAUCAUGAAGGCCUCUUUGGAGGAGAACUGGAUGCCCCUGUGGGUAGUGCCUCUUUUACAAGCAAACUGAAAGUUAACUCAGAAGUUCAGAGAGAGCUGGAGUGUAAUAAAAGGCAGGCUGCUGAGCAGCAGUUUAAGACCCCUGAGAACAUAGAAAGGAGUGAAGCUAUGAUGUACAUACAGAGCGGGUCUGUAUCACAACCUGACAAAGCAAAAGCUCCUGUUUGGAAAGUGUCAACAGCAAAGCAUAAAGUCCUGACUCGCUCUGUGUCUGACUAUACUGUGGCUCCUAAGCUAGAAGGUUUUAAAAGUAAGGAGAGCAUGGAAGCAAAUGCCCCAAACGGUGAUAUUGGCAUGGUUGACACCAAAGUCUCUGUUGCUCAGCUCCGUAAUGUCUUUCUGGAGACUGCUAACGCGAACAAGAAAACGGAACUUGAAUCUCGGUUUGAGAUGUCAACAGCAGGCAGCACUCUGUCUGCCAAUGAUGACCGUGACAAAGGGCCACGAAGGCCAAGGCGCUAUUUUUCUCCUGGUGAAAAUAGAAAGACUUCUGAGAGAUUUAAAACUCAACCUAUAACGUCAGCAGAACGAAAGGAGACAGAUAGGUCAAUUUUGAGUGUGGAAGUACCAACUGCUGACGAUGAAGAAAAAUUGGAUGACCGAGCCAAACUAAGUGUAGCUGCAAAGAGGCUGCUUUUUAGAGAAAUGGAGAAAUCAUUUGAAAUGAAAAAUAUUCCUAAACCACCUACAAGAGGUUCAGCAGUAGAGAGAAGACUGCGGCGCUUGCAGGAUAGAUCUCACACCCAGCCAAUUACCAGUGAGGAGGUGGUCAUUGCAGCUACUGAAUCUACCCCUGCUUCACGUUCUGUGAAUACCCACACAGUAGUGACAAGAGUACCUAGUCCCACUGUAGUUAAGAGCACUGUACAACCUAUCAGCUUACAGGCAUCAGCACACCAAAAAAUUUUAGCUAAAGAGGAGAUAAGAGCUGCCAGAGAAGCGAUGGGGCCAGAUCAGUCUGAUGAACCAGAUUCUUCCAGCUUAAGUUUGGCAGAAAAGAUGGCUUUGUUUAACAAACUGUCUCAACCAGUAUCCAGGGCCAUCUCCACAAGGAGUCGAGGAGAUAUUAGACACAGGAGAAUGAAUGCUCGGUACCAGACUCAACCAGUCACUCUUGGAGAAGUGGAGCAGAUGCAGUGGAGAAAGAGUAAACUGGUACAAAAUGAAAGUGGGAAAAUUACUCCCCUGUCAACUGCAGUUGCAACAUCUGUUUCAAAAAUGGCAUCUGUCCUUUCUCCACUGUAUGCUGGAGACCUGCAUACGAAGCCAGCUGGUGAUGGAAGUGUGAACAUUGCCACUAGAAAUGAUUUGAGAUUCCAGCCCUCAACAGAAAACUCAGACGGGAAACGUACACAGAAGUCAGAGCAGUGGCAGCCCUCACUGGAAGCACUAGAAAUCAACAGAACAUCAAAGAAGCAUGAAGAAGAGAGAAAGAGGUUUCUAGCACAUGAAGCUAAUGAAAUUACAAAGUACAGAUCCUUUGAGGAAGAAGCCACACAUCCUGUUCCUGAAAAAACAGGAGACUACCAAAAAGAGACAACAUACAACUUCCUGAGGAAGGGCAGCAUGGAUCUGUUCAGUUCACAAGCACUUUUUCAGCCCCUUGAACAUAAGGAAAUUGAUACUGGCAUGCAAGACCACACUGAGCCUGCUUCUGAACUCACCAGCACAUCAGCAAUGAGGAGAGUGUCAGAAACUGCAACUGCGGCAUCCUGUAGACUGCAGGAGCUCUCCGAACAAUUGGAAGGCAAAUUUUAUAAGCAUUCCAGUGAGAUGUUUUCUGUUGGAGAGAACAAAGCACAAACAACUGAGGAUGUCCUUGAUAAUUCCAGCAAAACGAUGUCAAUUAAGGAAAGGUUAGCGUUGCUGAAGAAGAGUGGUGAGGAAGAUUGGAAGAGCAGGCUUGGCAAAAAGCAGGAGUAUGCAAAAAUGUCUGUCACUGAUCGUAGUGCACAAAUGCAAGAAGUUGAGCAGCUGUUGAAGAAGGAACCUGUAUAUGCUUCUACUUACUCUCCUGUUAUACCUGCUCUCCAUAAAUUUCAUCCUUUUCUACCUAUUAAUCAGGUCUAUAGUACUAGUUUGAAAGAACCAAGCUCUCUGAUUUCUGAUGAACGUCAUCCUUGGAGAUGGAAGCAGAGAGUGGCAGAUAGCCAGGAGAGUCAGAUGACCAUUGAAGAAAGGAAACAUCUGAUUACAGCUCGAGAAGAAGCCUGGAAGUCCAAGGGUAAAGGAGCCGCCAAUGACUCCACGCAGUUCACUGUAGCUGGGCGAAUGGUAAAAAAAGGACUGGCUUCUCCAAGUGCAUUAACACCUGUAGCAUCCCCUUUCAGUAACCGGCAGAAAUCUACCACUCCAGUGACAAAGCCCUUGGAAGAAAUUGAAGCAAGGCCUGAUAUGCAAUUGGAAUCAGAUAUGAAGCUUGACAAGUUGGAGUCAUUCUUGGGAAGGCUGAAUAAUAAAGUUGCUGGAAUGCAAGAGACAGUACUGACAGUUACAGGGAAAUCUGUGAAAGAGGUGAUGAAGUUGGAUGAUGACGAAACAUUUUCCAAAUUUUAUCGCCAUGUGGAUUUCCCUUCCUCCUCAGUGCCUCUGGAUCUUGAUGAGGACUUUGAUGCCAUCUUUGAUCCUUAUGCACCAAAGUUAAUAUCCUCUGUAACAGAGCACAAACGUGCAGUUAGGCCUAUGCGCAGAGUCCAGUCCUCAAGAAACCCCCUGAAAAUGUUGGCAGCAAGAGAAGAUAUUCUUCAUGAAUAUACUGAACAAAGACUGAAUGUUGCCUUCAUGGAGUCAAAGCGAAUGAAAGUUGAAAAAAUGUCUGCAAAUUCAAAUUUCUCAGAAGUAGCACUUGCUGGCUUGGCAAGCAAAGAAAACUUCAGCAACGUCAGCCUGCGGAGUGUUAACCUAACAGAGCAAAACUCCAACAACAGUGCUGUGCCCUACAAGAAGCUCAUGCUGCUGCAAAUUAAAGGAAGAAGACAUGUUCAAACAAGAUUAGUUGAACCAAGGGCCUCAUCACUGAACAGUGGAGACUGUUUCCUGUUGUUAACUCCACAUUUGUGUUUCUUAUGGGUCGGAGAGUUUGCAAAUGUCAUAGAAAAAGCAAAGGCUUCAGAACUUGCAACUUUAAUUCAGACAAAGAGGGAACUUGGAUGCAGAGCUUCCUAUAUACAAACCAUAGAAGAAGGAAUAAAUACUCAUACACAUGCAGCCAAAGACUUCUGGAAACUCCUUGGUGGACAGACAAAUUACCAGUCUGCUGGAAGUCCUGAAGAAGAUGAAAUGUAUGAAGCUGCAAUAAUAGAAACAAAUUGCAUUUAUCGCCUUGUAGAGGACAAACUCAUUCCUGAGGAUGACUACUGGGGAAAGGUGCCAAAAUGUACCCUGCUGCAACCAAAAGAGGUGCUGGUGUUCGAUUUUGGUAGUGAAGUAUAUGUAUGGCAUGGAAAAGAAGUUACUUUAGCACAAAGAAAAGUAGCAUUUCAGCUGGCAAAACACUUGUGGAAUGGCACCUUUGACUACUCCAAUUGUGACAUAAAUCCUCUGGACCCAGGAGAAUGCAAUCCCCUCAUACCCAGAAAGGGACAAGGACGCCCAGACUGGGCUGUGUUUGGCAGACUCACAGAACAUAACGAGACCAUACUGUUCAAAGAAAAAUUUCUUGAUUGGACAGAGCUGAAGAAACUCAAUGAGAAGAAUUCUAGUGAAUCCCUUCACCAGAAGGAAGAACCGAGAUCUGACUCUAAACCAUAUGAUGUUAUGCUAAUGGUAGCUGUGCCUCAAACAACUGUAGGCACAGUCUUGGAUGGAAUGAACAUUGGCCGGGGCUAUGGACUUGUAGAAGGAGAAGAUGGGAGACAGUUUGAAAUCAUCACUGCAUCUGUGGAUGUCUGGCACAUCCUGGAAUUUGAUUAUAGUAGGCUACCUAAGCAAAGCAUAGGGCAGUUCCAUGAGGGAGACACAUAUGUGGUGAAGUGGAAGUACAUGGUGAGCACUACAGUGGGAAGCAGGCAAAAAGGAGAGCAACAAGUAAGAGCUGUUGGAAAAGAGAAAUGUGUGUAUUUCUUUUGGCAAGGAAGGCACUCCACAGUGAGUGAAAAAGGGACAUCAGCACUGAUGACUGUGGAACUUGAUGAAGAGAGAGGAGCACAGGUACAAGUACUUCAAGGGAAAGAACCACCAUGCUUCCUGCAGUGCUUCCAAGGAGGGAUGAUUGUGCAUGCUGGAAGAAGGGAAGAGGAAGAAGAAAAUGCACAAAGUGACUGGAGGCUUUAUUGCGUGCGAGGAGAAGUUCCCAGUGAAGGAAACUUACUGGAAGUAGCGUGUCACUGCAGCAGCCUGCGCUCCCGGACAUCCAUGAUUGUCCUCAAUAUAAAUAAAGCUCUUAUCUACCUGUGGCAUGGCUGCAAAGCACAAUCUCACACCAAGGAUGUAGGAAGAACAGCAGCCAAUAAAAUAAAAGAACAAUGCCCACUGGAGGCAGGGCUGCACAGCAGCAGCAAGGUGACAAUUCAUGAAUGUGAUGAAGGGUCAGAGCCCUUGGGAUUCUGGGACGCAUUAGGAAGGAGAGAUCGAAAGGCUUAUGAUUGCAUGUUGCAAGAUCCUGGAAAGUUUAAUUUCACCCCACGCCUGUUCAGUCUCAGUAGUUCAUCAGGGGAAUUCUCAGCCACGGAGUAUGUUUACCCUUCAAGAGACCCUGCUGUCAUCAAUUCCAUGCCAUUCUUGCAAGAGGAUCUUUACACUGCCCCACAGCCAGCACUGUUCCUUGUUGACAAUCACCAUGAAGUGUACCUGUGGCAAGGUUGGUGGCCUGUGGAAAACAAAAUUGCUGGAUCAGCUCGAAUCAGAUGGGCUACAGACAGGAAGUGUGCCAUGGAGACAGUGCUCCAGUACUGCAAAGGAAAAAAUGUAAAGAAGCCUCCCAAAUCCUACCUAAUUCAUGCUGGCCUAGAGCCUCUGACCUUCACUAAUAUGUUCCCAAGUUGGGAACACAGGGAAGACAUUGCAGAGAUCACAGAAAUGGAUGCUGACGUUUCUAAUCAGAUAAUCCUUGUAGAGGACGUCCUGGCCAAGCUGUGUAAAACUGUGUAUCCAUUGGCGGAUCUCUUAGCCAGGCCUCUGCCCGAGGGAGUUGAUCCACUGAGGCUUGAAAUUUAUCUUUCAGAUGAGGACUUCGAGGUUGCAUUAGAGAUGCCGAGAGAGGAGUACAACGCGCUGCCGUCCUGGAAGCAGGUUAAUCUGAAAAAGGCAAAAGGACUUUUCUAAGUUGUGUUUCUUGGAGUGAGCACUAAAGGGAUGUCUGUUUCCAGUUUCUGUUCCCUUUAGAAGAAUUGUACCCCACUUUUACAAAAUAAAUAGAAAUAAUCUGAAGUUAUUAGUGACUACCUAUCUGGAUGUGUGUAAUAUUAUAAAAGGCCAAGAGAACUCUUUGGGAACGGAAUUCAAUUUUGAUUCUUAAAAGUAACAGGUUUAAGCUCUGCUCUCCUAUGCACUUAAACAGUAGCUUCUUGAGCUACUGCAGCAGGUGUCCUUUUGGCUAUAUACAAAAAUUGCCAUUUUUGUUUUUGAAGAAGUUCUCUUUGUAAAGUGUUAUUUUGUUAGUUUGUGGAUUACAAAGAAUUUAUAUUUAUAUAAACACAUAGAAAAAAUAUGUAUUUAACAAUGCAAUAUAUAUUCACUUUCAAGAUUAUGUCAAAACUACAGAAAAGUAGCUGGAUGGCAGUUGCUUGUACUGAAUUAGCUAUACCACCAGUAUGUAUCUCUCAUGCAUUCUGAAAAGUUUCUUUUUGCAAUAGGUAAUGAAUUGUUCUCAGUGCUGCUUCAGGUGCUAAACUGAACAAAGCAUUUGUAUUUAUAGCAUGGAUUUCUUGAAAAACUAUGCGAAUCAACCUUUAUACUUUAUUAUCCAAAAAUGUAUAGUGCCUUGUUUUUUGUGUACAGUUUAUAUACAAAAAAAAAAGAUUGGUAUGCAUUUUGAAGAUGGCUUAGAACGGUCUCCUAUGUUACUUUUAUAAUAGUAGAAAUAAAAACAUCUCAGUUUCUAAUACUUGUUGUAAACAUUAAACAUGUCUUUUGUGAUAUAAGAACUUAAAAGCUUCUGAAUAAAGUCUUAGCAUUGCUAUGACUUAUUAUUUUGUACUGUAAUCUGUACUAAGUCAUUGGAAUCUUCCAGAACAUGGUAUCUUAUCAAAAUAUUUUAACCUUAGAUAUCUGUGGGUGUUGUACAGAGCUAUAACUUGAGAAGCAGAUAAUGUAGAAAAAAAAUCAGUGUAUGAGAUGAAAUUAGGUUGUGCAACACUUCAUUGCUGAACUUUGGAACAGUGACACAACUCCUGUAUCCUUUGCAUUGCCCUGUUUUAUACAUGAAACAAAAAUUAUUAUGAUGGUUUUCCAACUUUGAAAAAAAA